AUGGGUGGGGAAUUAGAUAAUGCACAAACAAGCUCUUCUCAAUUUCAAAUUUUUAGCGAUGGUAAUGGAGUAAAGAAAUCUACUGGUGUUUUGGGAUUUUUGGGAAUAAAAUCGUCACCAUCAUCACAAGAGCCAUCAGCUGAAAUAAAACCAUCUCCUACAUCAUCACCAACAUCUUCUGCAUCUUCUGAUUCACCUUGUUCCAAUGAUGAAUUCUUUCAAUAUUCCAAUAGUAGCAAUAUCAAUGUGGUAACACCCUUGUUAGUCCCACAACCAGUUACUAGAAAGUGUCAAUCAGAUGACAGCCAAAGGGAUCAUUUGGGAAGCCUUGCCGAAACAAUUAUUGGUGUAGAUGGUAUAAACACUACUAAUCCAACUGGAAAUGUUUACAAUAAUACCAGUGGAAGCUGCAGUGAUGAUGAAGAUGAUAAUGAAAACCUUAAUGAUUUGAAACCUCCAGAUCCAUUUUAUCCGCCUGAAGAUCCCCCAGUCCAGCCUCCCAAAGGGCCCCAGCCACAUCCUGAUCCAAACCCACCAACUUUACCGCCAGAAAAAAUACCCAAGAAGGGUAAGAAUAUUAUUUUGUGCUUUGAUGGUACAUCAGAGACAUUUGGAGCAAAUCCGCAUACCAAUGUGCUUAAAUUUUUUAAACUUCUCGAUCGUUCAGACAAAACAGUACAAGUAUCCUACUACCAGCCUGGCAUCGGAACUUAUGUAAAGGCUCUUGGAGCCAUAGGCUACUCUUUGCGAAUCGUUGAAACUAUCAAAAAUGGAAUUGAUUCUGCCAUUGCAUACUCUCUUGACGAAAAAAUUCGGCAAGCUUAUGCCUUUCUGAUGAAAUUCUAUGAAGACCAUGAUCGCAUAUAUCUUAUUGGGUUUAGUCGUGGUGGGUUCACAGCGCGGGUGCUUGCAGGGAUGAUUGAACUUGUUGGUUUAAUUCAUCCGGGUUUGGAGGAAAUUAUUCCGACUGCUUGGAAUAUUUACAAAACAUGGGAGUAUGCAAGAAAAGAUACAAAAGGUGGGCCAAGUACGGGUUUGCAUACAACGUUAGCUGAUGAGUUUAAAAAAACUUUUUCACGACGGUCAGUCAAAAUUCAAUUUAUGGGGUUGCUGGACUCAGUAAACUCUGUGGGAAUAUUGUAUGACCGAAUGUUUCCACACACCUCUAGUACUGGUAUUAUUCGCCAUAUUCGACACGCAAUGAGCAUUGACGAGCGACGAGGGAAAUUCAAGCAGUAUCCGUUUUCACAUAUUUACUAUACUGUUGCCGGGAAGUACAAUAACAAUUCGCCCAAUACAAAUGCUUCAACUAUUAGUACUCGCAGAAACUCGCCAACAGAAAUGUCGCUUCCUGAACAAGUUUUGGGUGUCCAGUCAGCUGAUGGAAAUUGUGGGGAUGAUUACUGUGAGCAGUCUAUAAUGAGUUGUCCACAUGAAUGCUGUAAUGAUUCUGAGGAUGUUCCAAGAGAGCUUUUGUCUAAUCCCCCUAGUCCAAAAAACUCUAUUCUUAAUGCGGAUGAUGAGUGCGUUCCCAAGGAUCACAUGGCUUAUACUGCUAAAGAAGCCCAAUUAUUGCAAAAGUGUGGUAGAUUUAUUGACGAGCUCGAUCAUAAAAAAUUGCAAGAUAAAGGACUCAUGAAUAAACAAGAUUUUGAAGACAAUUCAGAAAGGCUUCAGAAUAUUGAAAUUUAUUUAUUGCGCAAAAAUUCCACUGAAACAGAUAGUGUUGCUGGAAGCAGUGUUGCUGGAUCGGUUGCUAAUGGAGUAAACGCAGUUCCUUUAAAACCUAUGUGUAAAGACAAGUCUUCGGAGCUCAAAGUGCUUGCAACAAGGAACGAGGAGCUUCCCGCAUCAUAUUGGAUUAAAGCGGCAGGAACUACAAUUUCGCUCCUAGACACGCCCGGUAUGAAUGAGCCAACACGACGAUUGGUUCAUGGGGAAAUUAGUCCAAUGGAUCACAACCAGGCUUGUUCAGAUGUGAUUGAGCUGUGGUUUGCUGGAGACCACAGUGACGUUGGAGGUGGAUGGGCAUCAGAUUCCAACGGAGGUCUUGCUGGCGAUAUUUCGUUUCGGUGGCUAAUUGGUGAGUCCAUUAAGGCUGGAGUGCGAUUUAAGCCUGGCGCCGUGGAAGAAUAUUUAAGAGACCAUGAGAUUUUGCCUAGUUUGCGAGCACCACUUCACGACUCGCUAGAUGUGCGUUUAUGGGGGGUGAAGAAGGAUGAUGAAUUUGGACGUGCGGAAAAGACAUUUUUUGAGUCUUUUUUUUGGUGGGUUAUUGAGUUGCUGCCAUUGCCAACGUUUCGGUUCAACAAGAAUAAAGACCGUUGGUCAAGAUCAGUUGUGCCAAAUGCAGGUCGCAGACGAGUAGUACCGCUAGAUGCCAAAUUUCACUGGAGUGUCUCGUGGCGAGCCAUGUAUGGUGGUAUUCGAAAUGAAGGAGCUCGGGAAGGACGUGGUCCAAAGCAUGUGAAUCGACAUGACACGAAGGCUGCGUACUGGCCACCAAAUUUAACUGCUUUACACGAUUUGGUACCUUUAUCUGCAAGUGCUGAGUUUAAUCCGCCAGACGAUAUUGCUGAGGCCAUUGAGUACUACAAGAAACAUGGUGACGAUAAUGAAGAAUACGAAGAAAAGAGCGAUAAUGGUGGUUCAAAGCGUGGGAAUACUGGUAGUAGUAAUAGUAAAGAAAUUUUGGCCGGUCGGCGUUUAAGUAUGUUGGUCAAAAAGCGACGCCAUCAUCGCAAAGGUGGUCGACAUAAACACAAUCAUGCGGGAACUAUUUGA